UCUCUCCUCAAAACCCAAAACACCGAAAAAGCUCUUCUCACUGUCCGCCACUCCAAACUAACCAGAAAUGAGAAUCAGCCGCACCUUUUUCCACUCCGCUCAAGUAUCCAAAAUGGCAACUCCUCAAACCACCGCCGCUGCGGCGGCCGCCAAGGAGGCUUUCUCGCCGCCCGCCACCCCCCAACGCUCCCCCUGGCACUCCCCUGUUCCUUACCUCUUCGGAGGCCUUGCGGCGAUGCUAGGGCUGAUAGCCUUUGCCCUCCUCAUCCUCGCAUGCUCUUACUGGAAGCUCUCCGACCAGGUGAACGGCAGAGAGGACAGCGGGGAUAGGGACGUUGAAGGCGGCGAGAAAGGCGAGAGCAGCUCAGACGCCAAAGCUCCGCCGGCUUUCGAGGAGAAGGUUCUGGUCAUCAUGGCCGGAGAAGUGAAGCCAACUUUCUUAGCCACUCCCAUUUCAAACAGCAGUGGAAAAAUUAACAGUAAAUUAGAGAGAAAAAGGGAAGAAAAUGAGACUGAAAGAGAGGUGAUUAAUGGAGAAUGAGCAUCACAAGAACAAAUCCGGACCUGAAAAUCACUCUCAUCUCUUCUUCUUUUGGAUCACUUUUUGUUCAAUUUUGUGAUCCGAAAAUGUAAAUUUUUUUCUGCUGAGAGAUGAAAUUAUUAGUUCAAUGGGGUGACUUCAUUCUUGGACGUUAA